UUUCUGAAAGAGCAAAACUUGGAAGAAAAGAGCGAGCGUAACGUCAACGUGUCCUACAUUUAUUGCAAUUUGUUGACAGGUUGUUAUUUUUUGGUUCUCUAUUUGAGUUUUGACAAUGCAAUGGAAGCAGAAGAAGACAAUUUGACCCGACAGGCAGAUGAGAUUGAAGCAUUGACGGCCAUUUACGGAGAUGAAUGGUGCGUGGUUGAUGAAUCUAAUCGCAUUUACUGUAUAGCUGUCUCCAACCAAGAAGAAAAACAACUUAAUCUCAAGAUAUGUCUACAGGUUUUACUUCCAUCAGAAUAUCCAAGUACUUCACCUCCCGAAUAUCAAAUUAAUGCUCCCUGGUUAAAGGAUGCAGAGAGGCAGGAAGUGAACCAUGGUCUAGAACAAGUAUGCAGUGACAAUUCUGGUGAGAGUGUGCUGUACUUACUGGUUGAAUGUCUCAGGGAGCAUCUUGUACAUAGAACUCAUAAGGCACAACAUGCUCCACCGGAAGAUGCAUUUGAGGAUGAGGAAUCAUUGAUUUCAUCUGAGGUAGAAUCAAACGUUAUCUUCUCCUCAAGUGCCGAUGUCUUGGAUUGUGAGAUACCUCCAAUCCUACACGGAGAACCCAUCUCCGAUAGAAGGAGUACGUUCCAAGCCCAUCUGGCUGCUCCAAUCAGCACAGUACAACAAGUUGCACAGGUUCGAAGGAAACUCUUAGAAAACAGAAAGAUCGCCAACGCUUGCCAUAACAUUCAGGCAUACAGGAUAUAUUGUGAGGAUCGAGGAAUCUUUCUACAAGAUUGUGACAAUGAUGGAGAAGCAGCAGCCGGCCCAAGAUUACUUCAUCUUAUGGAGAUCUUGGAUGUAAGGAAUGUGGUGGUGAUUGUGACUAGGUGGUUUGGGGGUAUCAUGCUAGGUCCAGAUCGCUUCAAACACAUCAAUAAUGCAGCACGUAACACACUACAAGAGCACGGAUUCAUACAUAAGGAUGAGCACGGGCCAAAGAGUAAGAAAGGAAAACACAAAUCAAAAUGACAGACUAAAUCCAGAUAUAAAAUCGACGACUCAAGAAACGCAGUGCCUCGAUUGUUGCUACAGCUCAGUGAAGGGAAAGGUCAGCAGUCUAACUGAACCCUCUGAUGGUCCAAUGGAUUGCAGGCCAACAAGAACUUUCUAUUGCGCCUAGAGUGGCCUUACUUUUGAAAGGCUCCAUUAGUAAUGAAGAGGACAUCCCAUUUUGUGAAAAAAAGAAAAGAAAAAAAAGAGACGUUCCAAUGUCACUAUUUGUUUUUGUAAUGAGCAUGUUUCAUUCAUCAAUGAGGUCAUCUGAAACUGUUGAUACCUGAACUAUAAAUGAAAAGGUGAUUGAUUCUGCCAAAAUUCUGCCAAAAUAUUGAUAAGUUCUUCAAAUAUGGAUGAUGUAAUUUUUUGUAUUUUUAUGAAAAUGCCUUGGUAAAUUAUUCAAUGAUGAGAGAAGAAGACGCUAGAUAAAAAGAGAAUUUUAGUAAGAUUAUAUGAAUUUAACUUUGAUUUGUUUGGGUUUCAACAAAGAAAAAUUUACUAGAGCAAGAUUUGAAACUAUGACCUCGGGAAGGUGUCGACGCCCUACCAACUGGGCUAUCCUUAGUUGGCCCAUGGAGGAAGGAAGAGAAGGAGCUUGAACGACCCGCAAAACCGCAGAGUAACAAAAGAAUACUCUGACAA